UGGUAGCAGCAGAGGGUUUAUGCAGAUUGCUACGAUGCAGAGACGUAUUUUCUUCCAGUGAAGGAACACCAAGUGCUGCCGACUGUUCUCGUAAACGGUUGGUCAACGUAGAAAGGGAAGUGUUGCAAAAGCGUCCACUGAAGCAACCUCGAAGAAGCGGCGUUGCAAGUGGUGAGUGUUUUGCACCCAUACGCCUUGACAAUCGUAUCGCCUGCUUUGCGGACCUGUACCGACAGCCGAGGAGUGCACCGCAGCGAACGACCCCGAAACUCCCCACCCAGGCUGAACUUCUUAUCUCCUUUGGCGGCAAGAAAAAUGUGUAUACAAUAACAAGAACGACAUCGGCCGGCAGUAGCGCGAGUUCAAAACAAACGUACGACAGCGGAAAAAAGCACCUCACCUGCCUGCAUGCGCUCUUGCUGACCCACAAGGAACGACCGCAAAACAGAAACCAACAGAAAAAAAAAAGCAGCAGAGGUGGUCGUCGAACCACGCGAUCGUGGUUAUCUAGACUGACACAGCUGACGCAAUUUGUGACGAACGGGCUAUAGCUGCAGGAGUUGACGUCAAGCUCGCCAAACUGGACGUCGAUAGCGUGAAGCAUCGCGCGGAGACGACACAGUAACGUACGCCUUACGCACGUACAGCGUCGCCUACUAGAAGGAGCACACGUACUUAUAGAUCAGAAGCUACAAUGACGCAGUGCGUGCCAUCCGCGUACCGCGCAACAUUCCUGGUCCUCCUGACCAUGACGCUGGCGGGCCAGUGCUGGGCCGUGUGGAAAUCCUGCUCGGCCAACAACGGUCAAGUGCUGGACCUGUCGGUGGACACACCGUGCAACAAGGACCGCUACAUCCUGCAGAAGGGCACCAACGUCACUCUCAACGUCCAGUUCUGGUCGUCCGUGGACAGCGACCAAAUGAAGGUCCGCGCGCACGGAUUCGUGAUGGGAAUGCCGGUCCCGCUCAAGAUGCCCAAUGAGGACGGCUGCAAGGACAGCGGCAUCGAGUGCCCCGUGAAGAACGGCGAGAAGUACGCGUACGUACAGCGGUUCGAGGUGAAGCCUUCCUACCCGAAGAUGAGCGCCAACCUGAGGUGGUCGCUGGGCGAUUCGAACGGCGGUACCGUGGCCUGCGUCGUCUUGCCCGUCGAGAUCGUCGAGUGAUUGAUUAACCAGACGCACUGUUCUAUGGUGAUGGUGCGAAGACCACGAACUCCUCGGCAAGACAGAACGGAUGUAUAUGCGCCGAGGGGCGAUUGAUCGCCUCCAGUGUUGUAUUGAUUGUCGUAUGUGAGCUGUUUACUUAACGCGGCACGGCAGAACGAAUUAAAGCAAAACAAACGGUGUGUUCUGAAACCCGCA